AUGAGGAAUUUAGCUAGUGAUACAGAAGUCCCUGUUAAUGGCUGAUAUGUAACUGUCAACAAUUCUGGGUUUCUUGAGAUCGAAGCCCUUUUGCGAUCCAUUACUGUCUGUUUUUCACAGGUUAAUUUUUAAAGGCAACUUAGAAUCGAAUGUUAUGGAUGAAGCAUGAAGGCACAAUUACAAAUUACAGUGCUUUCAGCUAAGCUAAAGGAAAACAAAAAGAACUGGUUUGGUCCCAGUCCGUAUGUUGAGGUAGCUGUGGAUGGCCAGUCAAAGAGAACAGAAAAAUGCAACAACACCCACAGUCCCAAAUGGAAGCAGGCCCUCACUGUAAUUGUGACUCCAGUCAGCAAACUCAUCUUUCGUGUUUGGAGUCAUCAGACACUGAAAGCAGAUAUUCUGCUGGGCAUGGCCACUCUGGACAUCGGCAUGGUCCUCAAAGCCAAUGAUCUUAAAUUGUGUGAGGUGGUUCAGACGCUGCAACUAUCCUUCGACAGAGACCCUCAGGAUAUUGUAGGGGACCUCUCAAUCUGUCUGGACGGCAUGCAGGUUGACCCGGAAGCCUUUGCUCUUGCAGAAAGAGAGCAAGCUCCUCUUACAAAUGGAAAUGCAAAACAAAGUGACAACACAAGCAACAGAUCAAGCCGGGACACGUCUCCAUCCAGUGACUCAGAUGACUGGGUCAUUGUACCCAAUGGUCUUACUGUCAGCGAUAGAGGUUCUCCCUCUCCGUCUGCAGAGGGCUCCACUUCCUCGCGUCCUCCUAGGCCUGCCAGGCCGCCGCCUCCUACACCACGAAAACCUGCUGCCUCACCAAGCUCUUCCAAUAGUUCUUCCCCCAGUGAACUGAGUGAAGCACCAGCUUCUGAUGGGUCCUCUCAGGCAUCUGCAAGCAGAAGUUCAGACCAGCCUGAUGACGCAGGUGCUCGAGCAGCAGCAGCCGUUUCCUCACAGACGGCUUGUGCUCCCAAACCAGGUGGCGCUGCAACGGCAGCUCCAGCUACAACAGCAGCUCCAGCUACAACAGCCACUCCCAGAGUCAACCCAAUUAGCAAUGCCCCACUGCCACCUGGAUGGGAGCAAAGGGUAGACCAGAAUGGAAGAGUGUAUUAUGUGGACCACAUUGAGAAAAGGACAACCUGGGACAGACCUGAGCCUCUACCUACAGGCUGGGAGCGGCGGGUCGACCCGAUGGGUAGAGUAUACUAUGUUGACCACAUAACACGAACCACAACAUGGCAACGGCCCACUCAGGAGUCAGUGCGCAACUAUGAGGAAUGGCAGAACCAGCGCAGCCAGCUCCAGGGAGCAAUGCACCAGUUUAACCAGAGGUUCAUUUACGGGCUGCAGGACCAGUUUGCAGCCACAUCCACUAAAGAGUUUGAUCCACUGGGACCGCUGCCACACGGCUGGGAGAAGAGAACAGACACCAACGGCAGAGUAUAUUUUGUUCACCAUCCAACUCGAAUGACACAGUGGGAGGACCCGAGGACACAGGGUCUUUUGAACGACAAACCCCUGCCUGAAGGGUGGGAGAUGAGGUUCACCGUGGACCACAUUCCGUACUUUGUAGACCACAACCGGAGAACGACGACCUACAUCGACCCUCGGACAGGGAAAUCUUCCUUCGAGAAUGGGCCGCAGAUCACCUAUGUUCGGGACUUUAAAGCCAAAGUGCAAUACUUCAGAUUCUGGUGUCAGCAAUUAUCUAUGCCUCAGCAUAUCAAGAUUACCGUCUCCAGAAAAACUUUGUUUGAGGAUUCAUUUCAGCAGAUCAUGAGUUUUCACCCACAAGAUUUGAGGCGGAGACUGUGGAUCAUUUUCCCUGGAGAGGAGGGCUUGGACUAUGGAGGCGUAGCCAGAGAAUGGUUCUUCUUGCUCUCCCAUGAAGUGCUAAAUCCCAUGUACUGUUUGUUUGAGUACGCUGGAAAGGACAACUACUGUCUUCAGAUUAACCCGGCUUCUUAUAUCAAUCCGGAUCAUCUUAAAUACUUUAAAUUCAUUGGCCGCUUCAUUGCCAUGGCCUUGUUCCAUGGAAAGUUUAUUGACACGGGUUUCUCACUGCCUUUCUACAAGCGCAUUUUGAACAAACCGCUGGCUCUUAAAGACUUGGAGUCCAUUGACCCCGAAUUUUAUAAUUCACUCAUUUGGAUCAAGGACAAUAACAUAGAGGAAUGCGGUCUGGAGAUGUUCUUCUCUGUUGAUAAGGAGAUCCUGGGAGAGGUCAGCACUCAUGAGCUGAAACCAGAUGGAGGAAACAUUCCAGUUACUGAAGACAACAAGGAGGAAUACAUCAGGUUGGUGGCAGAGUGGAGGCUGUCCAGAGGGGUGGAGGAGCAGACCCAGGCAUUCUUUGAGGGCUUCAAUGAAGUUCUUCCUCAGCAGUACCUUCAGUACUUUGAUGCAAAGGAGUUGGAGGUAAUGCUGUGUGGAAUGCAGGAAAUAGACCUGGUGGACUGGCAGAGAAACACAAUUUAUAGACAUUAUGCUCGGAGCAGCAAGCAGAUCCUUUGGUUUUGGCAGUUUGUGAAGGAGAUGGACAACGAAAAACGAAUGAGACUCCUGCAGUUUGUCACCGGCACCUGCCGUCUUCCUGUGGGUGGCUUUGCUGAUUUGAUGGGAAGCAAUGGUCCACAAAAGUUUUGCAUUGAGAAAGUGGGGAAAGAAAACUGGCUUCCACGAAGUCACACAUGCUUCAAUCGUCUGGAUCUCCCUCCUUAUAAAAGCUAUGAGCAGCUGAAGGAGAAACUUAUGUUUGCCAUUGAGGAAACGGAAGGAUUUGGGCAGGAAUAAUCAUAAGAGGAGUUCCUGAUUUUCAUCCCGAUAACCCGUGGAUGCAACAGAAAAUCGCUGACCUUGAAUGAGCAGGAUCUAUCUUAGAAAGAAGCACUUUUAGCAGUUUCUCUCUGCAGCCUGGAAAUGCUUUCACCAUGGUAUAUUCUGUCUGCCUCAAUAGCAUAUUCACAAAAGAUUACAAAAUUGUUUCAUAAUAGGUUCAUUAUUUAACAAGGGAUCGGUGAGUCUUCUACCUUGAUGAUCUGUUCCUCCCUGAUCCACUUAAUCUCACUUUUGCUGCACAAAAAGACUAAAAAAAGAAACGCCUUUCUCACUCUGGCAUGCCUGCACUUGCUGUAUGUUGAGUAAGUGCAGUUUCUACACGUGGAGCACAGAUUCUGCUCCAUAGUCAUUUCUUUAGAACCACUUUGUCGGGCUAUGCAUCCUGAUAAUGUACAAGGAAAGAAUCUUGUCUGUACAUUUUGACUUAUAAUAUGAAGAUUAAUUUCCUGACACAUAAAACAGUCCCUUUUGAUUUGAGGUCAUUGAGGUUUUGUUUUCUUUCUUUUGAUGGAAUGUGGGAUGAAUGAAUAUUUUUCUAAUAGGUGACUGAUAUGAAUCUUCUAGAACAUAUACAGUUUUUUAUUAACUUUGCUAAAUGUGAUGACUUUAAUUGCAAUAAUACUUUCUUGUGUUGUGACAGGUUAAUAUGUUCAACUAGUUUGCACAUGUUUUUGUGAGCAUUGAGAUUAUGAUUGCUAUUAGAAGAAGCUAUUUUUAAGUGCAAUAGUUUUGUAGAACACAUAAUUUUGCCAAUGUCACAUUCAAACAGGGCUUUGGUUAGUUUUUCUAAGAUUUAGUUUUUACCUUCAAGUUAAAUCCCAGUACAACAUAGAAAUCUGUUGCAAACUUUAAAUUCUGUAUGGUUGCUGUGGUUUGCUGUCCCAUUAUAGCUGCUACUGUUAUAUCUGCAUUUUAGACCAUAAAUGUUUACCAAAUGUUUCAGUCAGGAAGAAGUAAGCUGUGAAGGCUGUGAUAACAAAGCUGGUACUGAUGACCCAUUUAAACUGAGCGAUAAUCUGUUCUCAGCUAGUUCUCAAGAGCCCAAGUUACGUAACUGGAGCAACGGUGUGUCAGAUAGGUUCUGUUCAGCUUUGCGAAUGGAGUGAAUCCAAGAACAGCUAAGAUGUAAAAUCCUACAGGUUUCAUUUAUUAAGUGACUGUUAUUGCUUAUGUACAUUUGAAACCAGACAUUUACAGACACAUUUUCAAAAAUAUGUUUUAUUAACCUCACAAUUACAUUAAAUCGUAUUAAAAUAGUCCCAGAAUAAUUAGAUUUUAAGACAAUUCCUCACAUUUUCUUCAAAUUCAGAAGUUAUAAUAGAUUUUAUUAGUAUUUGGGAUAUUUGCCAUUUGAGUAGAAUGACUUGAAUGUGCUAGGUAUUUUUUCACAUGCUUCCCAUAAUAGUUUGCUGGAGUUUUGGUCCAUUCCUCCCAUCAGACCUGGUCUGACUGACUCUGUUAUGCAAUCUGCCUUGAUCGCACAAAGUUUUUUGUUUUUUUUUAGCUCUGCCCACAAUUUUCUCUAUGGGAUUGGAUCAGGGCUUUGCGAUGGCCAUUCCAAAACAUUGACUCACUUUGAUUCUUUUUUAACUAAUUUACUAACUAGACUUAGGGUCAUUGUCUGUAUGGAAACACAUACAGACAAUGUAUGUGUUUAACGUUCUGCCUGUCUUGAGAUGUUUCUUUAAUAUUUCCACAUGAUUUUAUUUUCUCAUCUAUUUUGUGAAGUGCACCAGUCCCUCCCACAGCAAAACAUCCACACAGCAUGAUGCUAGCACCCUGUACAACUGGGAUUGUCUUACUGGAUUUUCACGCUCUCCUCUGCUAUGAUCUGCUUUAUGGACAAAUAUGUCAGUGUUAUUUUCAUUUGACCACAAUAUAUCAAAAAUAUUAACGUAUUUGGCUCUAGGUGUAUUUGCAAAGUGACAUUUUUUAUUUUAUUUUACCUUUGGUAUGACUUCUUCGCCGAGUCGCCUUACAGCUAACAUUGGUACAUGUUUCACGGUGUAUAAUCACACUCUCUUGCCCGAUUCUGCCAGCAUCUUACCAAAACAAGUUUUGUUUUUUUCUGGG